UGCACAACAAAGUGAGAGUGAAUUGCUGGCACCUGAUUGGUCCUUGGAAGCAAGCCAGAGGCAUGUCUCACAAGGGUAAGGUAUCCAAAUCCAAAGAUGAAGAAUCCGGAAGUGAAAAAUCAGAUGGAACCCUGACAAAAGGAAUGAGGAUGGAUACAAAAGCAAAGUCAAAGACUAUAACAAAAAGCCCAGGAAAGAGGAAAACUCCCGGAAAAGUAUUAUCAGAAACAAGCAGUGGGGAAAGCUCUGAUGUGGAUGCUAAAAAGAAGAAAAAGAUGGUGGAGCAGACAGAGGAAAAGGGAGUUGGAGGAGCUGUUAAGAUAUCCCGUGUGGAAGCAGCCCCUUCUGUAUCUGAAUUUAAGUUUAACAAGAAAAGGGUUCGGUUGAUAUCCACCGAAGCAGAUCUUAAAGAUGAUGCUCAAGGAAUAGUGUACUGGAUGUCCCGGGAUCAAAGAGUUCAAGAUAACUGGGCCUUUCUCUAUGCUCAGCGACUGGCUCUCAAGCAGAAGCUUCCGUUACAUGUGACAUUUUGCUUGGUUCCUAAAUUCUUGGAUGCCACAAUCCGUCAUUAUGGCUUCAUGGUAAAAGGUCUGCAGGAAGUUGCUGAGGUACUGUAUGUAUAACAAUUGAGCAAGGUCAUUAAAUUCAAAUACAUGCCCUUGUAUUUAAUUUAAUUUUUGUCCCUAGGAGUGCAAGGAACUAAACAUCCCUUUUCAUCUGCUCAUUGGAUAUGCAAAAGACAUUCUUCCAAACUUUGUUAAGAAACAUGCCAUUGGGGGAGUUGUGACUGAUUUCUCCCCAUUGCGUGUCCCCUUGCAAUGGGUGGAGGAUGUCAGCAAGCGUCUACCUAAGGAUGUACCCCUUGUGCAGGUGGAUGCCCAUAACAUUGUGCCUUGUUGGGUAGCAUCCAAUAAACAAGAGUAUGGAGCUCGAACUAUCCGGAAAAAAAUACAUGACCAGCUAUCCCAGUUCCUAACGGAGUUCCCUCCUGUUAUCAAACAUCCAUAUGAACCCAAAUUGGAAGCAGAGCCAGUCGACUGGGAUAAUUGUUACAACAGCCUUGAAGUGGAUCGAACUAUUGGGGAAGUGGAAUGGGCAAAGCCUGGAACAAAUGCCGGAUUUAAUGUAUUGCAGUCCUUUAUUUCAGAGCGUCUGAGGCAUUUUAACUCUGACAGAAAUAAUCCAAACCAAAAUGCUCUUAGCAACUUGUCUCCAUGGUUUCACUUUGGACAACUAUCAGUCCAGCGGGCAAUUCUUGAAGUUCAGAAAUAUCGUAGUAAAUGUAAGGAUUCUGUAGACAGUUUUGUGGAAGAGGCUGUGGUGAGGCGGGAACUGGCAGACAACUUCUGCUUCUAUAACAAGAAUUAUGACAAAAUUGAAGGUGCGUACGACUGGGCAAAAAAUACUUUAAAGGAUCAUGCAAAGGACAAGAGGACUCAUCUGUACACUUUGGAAAAGCUAGAGGCUGGCAAGACUCAUGAUCCAUUGUGGAACGCUGCCCAGCUCCAGAUGGUUCAUGAAGGGAAAAUGCAUGGAUUCCUGCGGAUGUACUGGGCCAAAAAGAUCCUAGAGUGGACCAGUUCUCCAGAGGAAGCACUUCAUUUUUCCCUUUACCUGAAUGACCGCUAUGAGUUGGAUGGAAGGGACCCUAAUGGUUAUGUAGGCUGCAUGUGGUCCAUCUGUGGGAUCCAUGACCAGGGCUGGGCUGAGCGUGCAGUGUUUGGGAAGAUACGCUACAUGAACUACCAGGGAUGUAAGAGAAAAUUUGACGUGGCCCAGUUUGAGCGUCGUUAUCACCCAAAGAAGUUCAGCCAGUAGCAGAGACUGACAGAAGAAAAUCCUUACACUGUGGCUUUGGGUCCUCAGGGAGAGAUUAUAGAUGAGCACCUCAUAUCUAUUACACAAUGGCAGCUGCUUUCUUUAUGCUUGUCUCUUGAUUCCUCCUCUAGUCAUUUCAUUUUUCUUUGUAUUAAAAACCUAUGCAUGUGAUAAUGCUGCAGGGUCCCAGCACAAACCUUUUGGUAAUGUGUGCUAUUAAGGAGAAUGGGGCAUAUUCCAUUAGGUAAGUGGAACAUUUGAUCUUCGCCAAUGAAUAUAAAUAGCUGUUCUGAGAGGCCUGCUUUUACAAAUUCAUACAACGUUGUUAUUUUUGUUACAAAAACACAUGAAUACAGUACUUGCAAACAGCAUUUCCAUAAAUCUCUUAAAAAAAAAAAAAAAAAA